GGUUACAGUGGAGCCAUGCAUUAUGUGUUCCGCUGCCUUGCAUACGCUAGCCGUCAAAGAGAUCAUCUUUGGCUGUGGAAACGAUCGAUUUGGUGGCAAGACCAUCGUCGAUGUGGCAGAGGCGAGAACACCUGGAAUCUGCGCAUCCUGAUCACAGAUCUGCAAGUGGAGAAGACGCUGCGAGUGCGCGGCGAUCAGCAUAUCGGCGGUGUAAUGUCGGAUAUGUCGUCGGAUCAUGCGCUCUGGUGGCCCGCCAAAAACACUUGGCUAACGCGCACGCGCUCCACGUUGGAUCAAGCAGGCGUGCAAGCUGAUUCAUUUCGACAUUUUACGCCCAUGCACAAGACGCUGCGUGUGCAGCUGCCGGACUUGCGCUAUUUGGAUUAUCGCGUUAAUUUCUCGAUUAAAACGUUCGGCGCUGUCGUGCAUCUAUGCAAAGAUCUGGACAUACGCUAUCCGGAGGAACUAUCGCUCUGCAAGCCCAUCGAACAGGAGCAUCUGAAGAAGAACUUCUCCAAGGUCCACAAAAAAAUGAUACCCGUAGCGGAGGCCAAUGGCACCACCUAUCUUCAGCCUGCGGCAGACACCAAUAGCUUUGUGCCCAUCAGCAAUGCUUACCACAGCAACGGCAGUCUGGAUCGCUCACAGGGCAAUGGCAAUGGUCCACUCUGCGCGCCAGCCUCGCCGUAUGGAACAACGCCGCGACGCGCUGCUACGGCGCCUGGCACGCCCAUAAGCUCGCCUACAGGCACUUGGAAGCAUAACUCUAGCAAUGGCUAUGGCUAUGGCUAUGAUUCCAACUCCAGCUUUGGUGAUUUCCAAGAGAAUCUAGCGGUCUCGCCACGUUCACCCAGCGGCGAUGUGCGCGCUCGUCUGUUGCGUCCCAAGUCUUUGGUGCAGAAGGCGCGCCUUAAUGUCGGCUGGCUGGACUCUUCGCUGUCCAUCAUGGAGCAGGGCGUGCGCGAGUAUGAUACGCUCUGCCUGCGCUUCAAAUACUUUACGUUCUUCGAUCUGAAUCCCAAGUAUGAUCAGGUGCGCAUUAAUCAGCUGUACGAGCAGGCCAAGUGGGCCAUAUUGAAUGAGGAGCUCGACUGCACGGUGGAGGAGACCUUGAUGUUUGCUGGACUGCAGUUUCAGGUGAACUAUCAAACGGACAUGCAGCCAGCUGGCUUGGACUCCAGCCCCAGCAAGAAAAGUCAUGAGAAUGGCGCAGAUGAUGACAUCGAUUCGGCUCUGAAUGAGCUGCAGAUUACACUGGAGGGUCCUGGCGGCGGCAACGAUUCAGGCAACAUAACACGCAUACCCGAACUCUCGGACUACUUGCGCUUCCUCAAGCCACAGCUGUUUACGCUCAAGGGCUUCAAGCGUUACUACUUCACCUACAAGGAUCUGCAUUUGCAUUUGUUUAAAUCACAAGAGUAUUCACGACGUGCUGCGCCCAGCAUUAGCAUUAAUCUUCGCGGCUGCGAGGUGACUCCAGAUGUGCAGCUGGCCCAGGGCAAGUUUGGCAUACGCCUGGAGGUGCCACCACAGGGACGCAAUGGUCCCAAUAGCGAGUUCUGGGUGCGUUGCGACAACAUGGAGCAGUAUGCCAAGUGGAUGGCUGCCUGUCGUCUGGCGGCCAAGGGACGCUCGCUGGCCGACAGCAGCUACGAGAGCGAAGUGCAGAGCAUACGGUCCCUGCUGCAAAUACAAAAACCCCAAGCGCAGGCUGCACCACUCAACAUCAAUCCACGUAGUGUGGAUGCCCAGGACUAUUUGUCCGUGAAGAUGCAACGCAAGCUGGCCAGCAAAGCUGUGCAACGCAUUCUGGAAGCGCAUGCCAAUGUGCGUCAGCUGGCGCUAAUGGAGGCCAAGCUGAAGUAUAUACAAGCCUGGCAGACAAUGCGAUUAAACAAUACAAAGCCGGCAAACCAGUAGCCUAUAAUGAGCUGCCUGUCCCGCCUGGCUUUGGUCCAUUGCCAACUGCAGAUGCAGGGCCAGCUGCCACACCCGCCACUGCCAGCACUUCGGCAAUCGUUACACCCAACAGUUCCAAUGGAGUUACGCCCACAGCAUCGCGCUGAGCGCCAGCAACGCCGCCGUCCAAGAAGCUUACUACGCGCACCUCUGGCAAUCAUCAAAAGAACAAUUUGGCAGCGCAGCAAAUGAAGCUGCUGCUAUAACUGCAAAGAAAGCUGGCGAAAUGGACCAGACCAAGUAAUACUUGAAGAUAUACAAAGGCUUUGAAUCGCUGCUAAAUGCACUCAGCAGUGGUUUGUCUGUAGAUCUGAGCACACUGCUCUUGCCGCCGACACAGCACGAUAAUCUGAGGCCUCGUUUGCUAUAGUCUCAGCGGAGGAGUGCGAUCCCAAUAAUGACAAUUGUGAGAUUGGCGUGCGCAUGGAGUAGCAGCUGGCCAAACAGUUGAUGAUGUGCAAGAACACGCGUGAUCAUCACAAAGCAAUGGGCGAUGUAUCUGGCGUGAAUCGUUUCGAGAAUCUCGAUCUUACGGUCCAAAAAGAUUUGAACUUGGUGCGCUAUACCAACCGCAAAAAUCAAACACUGCAGCACGGACUUAACAGACAACGAAGUGGAAAUUGUAGUGGUGCGUGGCUUUAACUAUAGCGUAGCAAAACCCAAGCAUGUAGACACCUUCAUAUGAGCGCGU